AUGGAGUGGCAAGAUGCUGUGUAUCUAUCCUGGUUUAUUGUGAGUGCAGCACCUUUUGGUGGUCCAAUAGGUAAGUACAUCAGACUUCUUCUAAGUGUUGUUUAACCAACAGGGUGGUCAGGUUUCAUUUCCCUGCAUUAUCUUAAGGUAAAUAGGACUCACCAGGGUAAACUUUUAAGAUCCAGAACCACAGAAAUGCUCUUAACAGCACUCUAAAUACCAGCAUUAAUUUGUAAGUUAUGUCUAUAUCAGCAAGAGUCCAUUAUACUGUACCAGAAUUUUGUUUCAGUCAACUGUCUGUAGAUGUCAAGGGAUUGGCUGAAAAAAGUUUAAAGGAAGAAAACAACUCUGAAGAACAUCCUGCUUCUUAUUAUUUUAGAACAGCUAGUGCAUAAAACAUGCAAUUGAUACAAUAUUAAAAAAUAUCAUUACUUUCUAACAGCAGUCCAGCUGUGUUGUAUGUAGAUGCUUAACUGUCAGUAAUAGUUAAAAAAAAGUAAUUGAAGGGCUCCAUGCUAAAUUGCCCCAUGCCCCUGUGGUGUAUUUUUGGGAUGAUUCAUUGGGAUUUAAGUAGGUUUAAUCCGUAAUGCACACCAAUGCUAACUCAUGUACUCUUCUACAUACAUGGGGUGUCAUGUAGCAGCCGCUCAGAAGAGAAGUCACCAAUGGUGCCUAACCCUGACUCCAAACAAUACUGAAACAAUUGAAUGAAUGACAUCAUUGUUUUCUGCGACCAAUUAGGAGAGACCUUACGAGCAGCUCCUACACAACUGUACAUGGUGGUGAGGAUGGUACACCUAAAUAUUUACAUGUCCUGCAGCCCCCCACAUGGAGAUUUCCUUUUUAGAGGAAUGGUUUGUAUUUGUUGUUUUUAAAAUUUUCAGCUCUGAUAAGAGAUGACAAGCAUUUUCCUCGAGUCCAAGGAUCAGCAAUUAAUAAACCCAUCAUUCACAUCUUUUCCUCUGCUGGAAGGGAACUUGCCACAGUCAAGGUAUGUGUCUUUUUUUAAGGUCUACUGCUACUUGUUGCUUAACCUGGGAACACAGACAAAGAGGAGUGUCGACCAGGCCAAGCAGGCUGUAGUGUUUCACGGUCAGUGAAACAUCCGGAUUUAACCGAAAUAAAUGCACACAACAACAGAUUCAACUCGACACUUGACCAUGUGCUUUUUAAUUACCCAUAACUCAUUUCGACCGUACACAAUUACAUCAUCGAUACUACAAUCUCUCCUUUUUUCCGAAUAAAUCGUCCAGUCCGGUUUCUUAAACAAAAUAACAAUACAAACUAUAACAGUCUCUCAAUGGCUACUAACUCAAGGAAAAAUGAUCCAAUGUCCAAGACUUAAAUCAAUACAAAAUGACAUUUUCAUAAAGGUGAAAUGUCCUUCGCAAGAACUGUCCAUUGUGUAAACAAAGUCUUAACCAAGUUCAUAAUCUUUUAGUCUCUCAGGUUGACGAUUGUGCCUAGGCCGCAACGCAUAAUGCUGAGUUGAAACUCUUGGUUCCUCUUCCUGAUUAGUUUCUGGGUCUUUUGACAAAGUCCCUUUAGGAUUGCUGGUUUCUGUUUCCUGUGAUUUGUCCUCCACAUACUUCUGUAGAUGGGUAACAUUUCUUUUGUAGUGAAUGCCAGCAGGAGACUUAAUUUCCACAUGACCUCCAUGUUUGUUGACCACUUCAUAGGGUGUGGCUUCAAAUGAUGGUGACAGCUUGUCUGACUUCGGUUUCUGAAGAAGAACUUUGUCUCCCUCUCUCAGGUUAGACUCACAAGCACCUCUCAGAUUAUCAGCAUAGUCUUUGCCUUUUUGCUUUCUUUCACGAUCUCUGUCCAAGACUUCACUGUCAUUACUAGCUGAGCGCAACUCUUCCACACCUGGGAGCUUUGAACGAAUCUCUCUUCCAAAUAACAGUUUAGCAGGACUCUCUCCAGUAAUUGUGUGUGGCGUGCUUCUGUAACCAAGCAAGAAUUUCUGCAAUUCCUUUCGCCAGUCACGUCCCUCGCUGUGCGCAACCCGCAUCGCUUUCAGCAGACUUCUAUUUUGUCUUUCAACCUCGCCGUUGGCUUGUGGCCACAUUGGAGUUGACGUUCUGUGUUCAAUGUUGUUGUCUUUGAGGUAGACUUCAAACUCUUGUGACACAAACUGUGGACCAUUGUCUGUUUUUAUUGACAGCGGUAGUCCAUGAGUAGCAAACAUUGCUUCCAGACAGCUAAUCAUUUUGCCAGAUGUCACUGAUUUGGUUACAGCUACUUCAAAGAAUCGACUAAAAUAAUCAACAACCACGAGUAGAUAUUCACCCGUCGGAAGGGGUCCUAGCAGAUCUACCGCAAGGUCUUGCCAUGGCUGUGUAGGCAACUCUGUUCUCUUCAUUGGUUCUGGGGGCAAAGGUUUCCCGACAAGCUGGCAACCAUGACAUGUUCUGCACCUUUGUUCUGCUUGACGGUCUAUACCGGGCCACCAUACUUUGGUACGGAGUCUUUGCUUGGUCUUAACGAUCCCUUGAUGGCCCUCGUGUGCCAGAUCCAGUACUUGCUUGCGAAGUUUCAUCGGAAUGACUAAUCUAGUUCCUCUCAACACUAACUUUCCUAGCACAGUUAACUCGUUUCUCACAGCUUUAAAAGCUGGCUCGCCGACAGCCCAAUCAUUGGUCUGAACACACUUCCUUAACAUUGCAAUUUCUUCAUCUUCAGCAGAUGCUUCUUCAAUUUCCUGGAUAGGUAUGGCUCUGGGGGCUGCAUUCUCUGCAACGUACCGAAUGUAUUCUUCCGCCACAUUUUUGCUUUCGUUUGAAAUUUCUUGGGUUAGGCGAGAUAAAGCAUCAGCUAUGUUCUGUGGGCCUGGACGAUACAUCACUGUAAACUCAUAUGGCUGAAGUCGUAAGACCCAUCUUUGGAUUCUCGCAGAGGGCUGAGAUUUACUUGAAUAGAUCACUUCAAGUGGUUUGUGAUCAGUUUCCAAUUCGAAAUGUUUUCCAUAUAGAUAAACAUGGAACCUUUCGCAAGCCCAGACUAGAGCCAGAGCUUCUCUUUCUGUUUGAGAAUAUCUUCUUUCAACUGCUGUUAGACUUCGGCUUGCGUAGUAGACUGGUCUCCAAUUGCCAUUUUGUUCUUGAGCAAGAACAGCACCCAGUCCAACUGGACUUGCGUCAGCAAUGACUCUUGUUUUGGCAUCUUUGUCAUAGUAAGCUAAUGUUUCUGCACUUGCUAGUGUUUCCUUCAGAGCUUUGAACGCUUCUUGUUGCUUCUCAUCCCAUUUGAAGGUUACACCUUUUCGUGUCAGCUGUCGAAGUGGUUCUGAAACUGUGGCCAGAUUUGGAAUGAAUUUUGCACUGAAAUUCACAAGUCCCAUAAAACUUCUCACUUCGGCUACAGACUCAGGCUCUCUGGCGUUGACUACUGCUUCAACUUUGGAUUCUGUCGGUCCAAUACCACGUGUAGACAAUAGGUAUCCCAUAAAUUCUAACUGGGGCAUCUUGAAUUUGCACUUCGCACUAUUCAAGGUCAAACCUCUUUGUUGCAAUCUUUCUAGCAGCUUCUCGAGCCUCUCAUCAUGUUGCUGGUCAUCUUUACCAUGAAGAAUGAUAUCAUCAGAUAUAUUACGCACUCCUUCACAUCCAUGCAGAGCUUGCUGGAUAGCAUGCUGAUAGAUCUCAGGAGCUGAGGUUACACCAAACAUUAAUCUCUUGUAACGAUAAAGUCCAGCAUGUGUUGUGAAUGUUGUGAUGUCACGUGAUUCUUCACUCAGUUCCAGUUGAUGAUAGCCCCAUUUAAGGUCUAACUUAGAGAACACACUGCUUUGGGUCAUGUCCUGGAGGACCUCAUCAACAGUGGGAAUUGGGUGUCUUUCUCUCACAAUAGCUUCAUUCGCUCUGCGCAUAUCAACGCACAAUCGAAUCUCACCAGAAGGUUUGGGAACUACUACUAUUGGGCUGACCCACGGUGUUGGUCCUUUCACUUUCUCAAUAAUGUCCAGCUGCUCUAACUCAUGCAACUUGCUCUCUACUUUCUCUCUCAGACUGAAUGGCACUCGCCUGGGAUGCUGAACAACUGGAUUGACUUCUUUAUUCACAUGGAUCUUAACUUGAUAAUCAGUUAACUUGCCCACUCCUUCAAAACAUGCUUUGUAUUUAUCAACAAGGUCUGGUGUACUUACAACAUUAACUUGUGGUCCCAGUCUUAGUGCAUCUAAUUCCAUGGCUGUCUUCCUGCCCAUUAUUGGCCUGCCUUCAUUGCAGAUGACAAUAAAUUCAGCUGUGACAUCUUUUCCAGCUAGGUUUACUGAUGCUUCGAACUUUCCCAGUGUGUCCAGUGGUUCUGAAGUUCCAUAAGGAUACAAUUUCUGAUUUGUCUUUUCUGACUUGCACUUUACUCCUUUUUGCUUCAAUUCUUCCCACGUCUUCUGAUCAAUGAUAUUACAUGAUGAUCCUGAGUCGAUGAGAACUCCAUUAAGAAUGACACCUCCAACUUGUAAAUCGACUAUCUCUGAUCCACUCCUGUCCCAUGUUUUACCGAGUCCCACAGUAAAAGCAUAUUCAUCAUCUUCACCAUCCUCCACGCAGUUGACUUUUCCUCGUCCACCUUGUUUCCGUGUGUCCUUUUUCUUCUUCUCUUGUUUACUCUUUGUCCUGCAGACUGAAGCAAAAUGUCCUGCCAUGUGACACUUUGUACAGGUUUUAGAUCUUGCCGGACAAUACUUGUCACGUGCGAAAUGUCCACUUUGUCCACAUCGGUAACAUUUCAGACUCUUCUGAUCACUUUUCCCAUUUCCUCCAGGUUUGUUGUCUUCCUUGAUGGCAUUAACAGACGCUCCCACAUCACCUUCGAUCUGUUUGGCUUGGGUUUGAGAUAACUCCAACGAUCGAGCAAUCUUCUGCCUGUCUGCCAAUGUUAGCUCUUGUCCCUUUCCCAGAAGUUUUCGCCGAAGCUCUGUGGACUUGCACUUAUCAAUGAUUUGAUCACGUAUUUGCUCAUUCUUCGUAGCACCAAAUUCACAAUUCGCAGCUUGAUUACUGAGCCUUACAACAAAUUGAUCGACCGUUUCAUGCUCUUCUUGCUUCAUUUGGCGAAAAAUGUGUCGCUCGUAUGGUACACUCACUUGUGGUGUAAAGUAUGCAUCGAGUGUUCGAAGUGCAGCCUUGUAUGCAUCGUCGUCUUCCCCUGCAGGUGCACCCGGAUCCGUUAGGGUUUCAAAGAUUUCUUGGACUUCCAUCCCUGCGCAAUGUAAAAGCAACGCCUUUUUUCGAGCGGCUGCUGUGAUUCCACGACCAUCGACGUAAAAUUGAAAUGAUUUUCGCCAUCGCCGCCAUCUUGGCCCCACACUCGUGCUAUCUCCUCGACAAUCAAAUGGCUUAAUUCCGCGAAGUUCGUCAUUUGUCGCCAUAACUUUCCUUCAAACAGACAUAUCUUCGUAUCACUUUAUCCUCGUCGCCAAUUGUAGUGUUUCACGGUCAGUGAAACAUCCGGAUUUAACCGAAAUAAAUGCACACAACAACAGAUUCAACUCGACACUUGACCAUGUGCUUUUUAAUUACCCAUAACUCAUUUCGACCGUACACAAUUACAUCAUCGAUACUACACAGGCUACUUGUUGUUUAAUGUUGACAAAUUUUGUCAAUAUUGUUCUUGGCUGGAAGAGUAACUGUCAUCAUUUUCCGUUAUUGCAUUGGAAAAGGGCAGGAACUUGUAUUAUCAUAUGGUUGGUUCUGUGAGCAGGAAAGAUGAAGCAAUAUUCUGACUGGUUACUGAAGCAGGGAGAAUGGAUCUAUCUUAGUCCAUCACUAGUCUGCUUCACAGCCAUUUUUAGUGUUGUCACACAAUGCUCCUACCCACCUCCCGUUGCGUGACAAUGCUAAAAACAACAGUGAAGAAGACUAGUCCAUCACUGCAUAGGAACAAGAACAAAAACCAAAAUGUUCUACUUCUGUAGGCUGUUGAUCAAGUGUUCUUUUUUAUUCUUAGUGGGAUGGAGGCCCCAUAGUUCAGAUAGGAUGGUCCGUCACAGAGGACCUACUUUGCGUGGCUGAUGAUGGUACAGUGAUGGUGUAUGAUAUUCAUGGCGCAAUCAAGAAAACCUUGUCAAUGGGACAGGUAAGUGUUAAAUCAUUUUGUGUCAUGAAAAGGCUGAAAAAGAAGACAUGAUGCAUGUAUGUUUGUAAAGUACCACAGCUUGACAACUUUUAGUCAGCAACUUGAAGCUCAUCUUAGCCCCUCGAUGCCAUAUCUUAUGUCAGUAAAUUCUUUAACCACCCCAAGUAAAUAAGUUUUCUGACAAAUUAAGUAAUCAUCAAUUUUUCCAUAACUAUAAGCAAAGUGAAUGUAAUUUAUAAUACAGUAUAUUAACAUCAAAAACAUAAGUCAUAGACUGUUUGCUACUUUAUUAAAGGGGUUGCACAAAAAUAGAGUAUACUCAUACAUAUACUUUUUGUAGCAAAGGCAUGGCCACUGAAUAAUAUUACCCGUAUGUCGUGUAUGUUUCAGGUCAAAAUUUCAAUUCAGGUUAAAAGCUUUUAGCCUUGGUUGAUUCUCUAUCUCCUUUGUCUCCUAGUCCUAAUUUAUUCAUGAAUUAGCUCUGUGAGACAAAGGAAAUCAAGAAUCAACCAGGGUAUGAUUUUAACCCAUAACAUACAUUGUAUUUAUGUUGUUUUUGCAUGUGGCCUUANGUGAGACAAAGGAAAUCAAGAAUCAACCAGGGUAUGAUUUUAACCCAUAACAUACAUUGUAUUUAUGUUGUUUUUGCAUGUGGCCUUAUCAAAUACACAGCAACUUCAUAUAUCUGGUGCUUUUAAGUUGGGUACAGCAGACGAAACUGGUAAUUUUUAUCUGCAUUUUUUUGUAGGAUGCCAAGGAAUCCAAAGUACUUGACUGCAAAACCUAUAAUUUUGCUGGAAGGACCGGCAUAGCUAUCCUGACUAGUAAUUACCACUUUUAUGUCGCAAACAAGGUGGAAGAGGUCAGGAGUCGACGGUAUUAUGACCCACCAGGUAAAAAAAAUCAUAAAGUUCAGUGUUUCAGUGAGAUUAAUAAUGUUUUAUUUUGAAGUUACAUGUUCGUCUCACAUGAUUUUGUGAUCUAUAGAACUCAAUAUCUGCUUGUGUCUCACUUUCCUUUGGUGAUAACUUUGAAUUUGGUGAGAGUUAAAUAAAAAAUUGUUGUUCAACAGGCGAUAAAGAAAUCUUGUCAUGCAUUAUUCCUUGUAGCAUUUGACUGACUUCAAGUGGGCUUGAAUUCUAACUUUUGUUUUUGCGGCGUGACUAUUUUUCAGGCUUUCUUCUCUUAAAUAUUUACGAUGAUCUGUCUUAGUUAAAUGUGUAUUUUGCCACAUUUUUCACAAGGAAAACAAUAACUGCUCUUGACCCCAACUCGUUAAAAUUCUAUCACCUAACUGCCUGAGGGCUGUCCCUAUCUGAGAAAACUAGAAAGUCUAAUCGUUUGCAGAUGUCUCUACAAAGGCAGCACUUUCUGCUCAGCAUUAAAAGAUGCCUGCGUAAGUGUUGAUCCGGCCGGUGUGUUGAACUAGCGACCUCUCGCUCAGCAGACCGGCGCUUAUCCAGCUGAGCUAACCGGACGGCAAAAAAUGACCAGUCAUGAAUCUUAAGAAACAUAGCGACAGUUAUUUAAACGUAGUUUAGCCAGUGUUUAACAAAACCGUGUUCUGAGCCAUUUUUCGAUUUGCCCAACGGUUUUAUCUAAACCCCGCUUAUUGUGAAGUGUUUUAUGAAAGCAUAUAGAGUAGAUUAGAAAAACAUUUAUCUUCUUAAAAUAUCGCACUAAGGAAGAGAUUCUGGAGGUCCAAAGAUUUGUUAAACCCCGGCUUAAAUUAAACUUUGCUUAAAUAACCGACCCAUAAUUUUUCAACCAGGUUUGGAUGCUCCCCCUAGCAGCUGGGUCAUUAUGCCGCAUGACAGAGGUUCAUCGUUGCUGGUGGCAAUUGAUAAUCUGUUGUACCUUACAGAAAAGGGACAGUGUAAUAGACUGGUGAGCUGUAGUAUACAGUAGAACUGUUAUCGUGAUACAACCAAUUAUAAUCCAAACCAUUCAAAAUAACUUCAAGAUAUUUGCACACCCAUUGCAACUCAGCAACGAUGGCGAAAACGUUGUUUGAAACUUCAUGGCGAUGAAUCCAACUCGCAUAAUUUGUCAAAUGCAGGCGAGUCCUGGACUUGUCUCGGAGUUGAAUUUUUAGGGACUGUUUACAUGGAGAUGGGGGACCCCAGAUAGGUGAGGUGACAUGCGGUAGGUCACCCCACCUAUCAUGUAAACGUGAUCAAAUUAAAGUCAGAGAUUAUAAUUAUGGACAGGUAGGUUACCCCACCUAAGCGAAAAAGAGAAAAAUUGAUCAUCGUGUUUACGUUUUUCAUAAAACGCUAAAUUAGGAAAUUUCCGUCUUGACAAAAUGUGCCAGAAGCCUUAUGUACGUGCAGCGUUAUCGUUUAACGAAUUUUCGACCGCCUAAAAGAAAUUUGACUGGACACAUCGCUCACCCACGACCGUUCAAUAUUUUUCGCUGUUCACACUGAACUUUGAACGGCUAUGCAUCUGAAUUUUCGUACGGUUAAGGUGAUGUUAUAGGAGACGAUGCGCCGCAACACAGCGUUGCAAUGUUGGUUGCAACGUUGCAACCAUUCAAAACAAUUUCGCAACAAUGUUGCAACGCCGUGUUACGGCUUGCGCGAGAAAUCGUUGUUGAGAAUUCGAGUGAACUAUCGAAUUUGCAGGCGGUCGAAAAUUCGUCAGGUUGCCUUUUUGACUUUCUCUUUGCUGUCACUGUCUCGAAAUCAUAAACUUCCUCUUGAGUGCAAAGUGCAAGACAGGUUGCUACUUUUUACCAAUCCUGAAUCAGCCACAGGGCGUAGCAAAGCAGUGGGUGCGGGGGAAGGAAGGAACGGAGGGGAAAAAAUAGAGAAGUGUGUUGAGAUGUCGCAAUGAGAAUAUUGUACAUCUCCGGAUUUAUCAGUGUCACAGCUUUAAAUAUGAAAUAGCGAAGUCUCAAUCGUUUAUAACGUUGACAAAUUUUUCUCCGAACUCACACAACUGAGUAUGCUUGCUGUCUGCUUGUUGAACAGUUUUGAUAUUAUUCAAUUUUCAGACUGUUUCAUUCAGCGCUGGGACCCCGGUCACUUCCAUCAUAGAAAUGGCCAUAUCUUACAAUUAUGAAUACCUAGCAAUGUUUACAGACACUGGUUUGUUAUGGAUAGGAUCAGCAGAUUUACAGGUGGGUAUAACACUGUUACACUGUUUAGCCCGCAAAUGGACGAGCUCAAUAAUUCAACUGGCAGUACUAGCUUUGAUUCUAUAUCAAGGUUUGAAGAAAGCAUGUAAAAAGGCUUUUGUUUAUACUACUUGAAUUUGAGGUAUCUUUUCUUGUGACAAAUGAAGACCCGUAAAAUUAAAAUUUUGGUAUCCGCCUUAGUUCUCCAUGGUGGGAUAUCAUCAUUAAUUUAGUUUAGCUACUUCUUCCUCGGAAACCUUGCUAAAACAAAUUCUUGUCAUGGCAAAGUUGAUUUUUAUUGCGUUCACUUAAUUUGCCGACAUCUCCGCAAAGCGAGGAAGCUUAGCAACCCGGGCCGCUAGGCCAGGCCCUGAAGAGCUCAACUUAAGUACACCUGUAUUUCGCAGUUCUUUGAAUUUUGCAGUUAUUGUUGUAUUUCUGUCUUCUUUAGAAAGUCUACUGUGAGUUCAAUACUUCUUGUCCAUCAAGACCCAAGCAACUAACCUGGUAAGGAGGGAGAAAUUGUUGUUUCUAGAAUGAAGGCUCUCGUCUUUUAUGACGAAUUCUCGCCUGGUUGGGUCCGGUUGGCCGUGCCAUUCUUUUGAAUUCAAACUAAGAGCCAUCGGUGUUUUUCUUUCUUCCGCCACCCAUCUAGCGAUGUUUCGCCGCAACGUGUUGCUGCAACUAAUCUCCUGACCUGUACACAGGGAGUACUCUGUCGCCGACUCAUGUUCCUGCAACUUGUCUCCUUGUGUGUUCCGAUCUUUACUUAUUUCAACUUACCUUACAGGUGUGCAAUGGGUGCUGUCAUAUGUUACUGGGACGAUUAUUUGGAUGUUGUUGGACCGACAAUGGACACCGUUAGAUAUCCUUUGAUUAACAAGAUCAUUCUUUAUCAUGAUCCGACUAUCUUUCCAACUAUAUGCGGAGCAAGCUAUCUAACUGCUAGAGCAUGCUAGGAUUAAAAAUUGUUCUUGUUGUUGUUGUAAAUGUUAGCUUGGCCAAGUUGGUAAUUGUGCUGUCAUGUUGCAAUUAUAUAUUGAUCGUGUUACUUAAAACACCCUUGAUUUGAACUGACAAUUGUUACUAGUGUAGAUAUGAGUAGUUUCUAUUUUUUUCAUUGAGCACGCUAUUGCCAUAUAUUUAACAAUUUUUGCACGAGUGCGCGUUGGAUAUGAGUGAAAUAAUUGUUUAUUAAAACGCCCACAAAAUAUCGAGAAUUCUUCCCGGCUUUAUUUGUAAGAACAACCAGUUUUUCAAAUUUUGGUAUGUGGCUCAUAUGCCAUGAUGGCUAAGCCAAUCAGAGCUCUUUAACUGCAUUAUCCAAUGGUUCAGUUUUAAUAAAUAUGCAUAUGCUACGGAUAGCACCUGACUUCUUAACAUAUUUCACAUAUCAGAUGGACAGUGCUGUUCAUUUAGUUCAAGAGUUAGAUGGCGUAAGAAUCAUUGGUAAUGAGACUCAUGAACUGCUUCAGCGAGUUCCAGGUUGGUAAAUAUGAUUACGUUGAUUGCGGGCGGUUUCUCCUCCUGGCGAAACCUCUCUAGCAACGAGGAGCAAGGUGAAACGGCUGUAUUAGCAGACUACAAAUGAAAGGUUUCAAAAUGCUCGCAGAUAUUCUCUCUUGUUCUCGAUUCAUAUAGCUAUCGAAAUAUAGCCAAAAACAACAAUCCCUGUUGGUGGCCGGGAUGUCCUUGAGAUUUAUUUCUUCUCCACAGACAUUUGAUGCUUUUCCAAAUUACCUUCUCUUAAAACUUGUCGUUACCUGUAGGUGCUUAAAGCGAAAUAAACUCUCGAGACUGUUGACUUAAACAUUUAGCUCAGUGUGGUCUUGGUGUGGCUUAUGUAUGAUUUUUCAACUUACUCCCCGGAAGCAGAUGAGACUGACUCUACAUUCAGUAUCCCCCCCUCCAAAGAAAAUGGGUACCCUGUUGUCACGAACAGGCAAAAAGCCCUAAACUUUAUUUCAGUCGACUUGUUCAAUCGGUUUACGGUCAAGUCGCCCGAAAUCAGAGUCAUGUUGCCCGAUAUCUUGAGUCAUGUCCCUCGAAAUAAAUAGCGAUAUUUGCGUCUUUGUUUAACUUCACAUUUGUAUAGGUUACCGGACACAGUUGAGUCAACAUUUUUCGACUAAAUUCCUUGCGAUAUACUUCAGAUGAUACUUUUGUUCAAGUUUAUACACUCGAUAAAAUUUUAGGCGACGUGACGUAGGAUUUCAGGCGACAUUACUCUGGUUUCAAGCGAUAUGACUUCGGGCGAGAUGACUUUCUAGCGACUUGACCGGUUACCGUUCAACCAGAACCACUUCUUAUCACGAAUGUGAACAAUUAUGUCCGAUACUAGAGCAACUAUUUCUAUUAAUCUUUUAGCUGCUGUGGAACAAGUGUUUAAAAUCGGUUCAAUGGAACCAGGUGCGAUGCUGUUUGAUGCAUCAAAGGAAUUUGAGGCAAGCAAUGCUUCACUCUCUCUGGGAAAAAGUUGUCUCGGGUAAAAGGCUCAGCCGCCUACCUGAGCCAGUGGCAGAUCUAGGGCAGGGGCCAAGGGGGCUCGCCCCCAUCUCCUUUAUUGUUAGACCGCCACUGCGAGCCAUCCUGGGCGAGCCUGUUGGUGGGUGACCUGUUUUCCUUGGUAAGGUCACCAUCCUAGCUGAGUCAACUUUUCUCCAUAAAAUAAAAAAUAAUCAACUUUAUUUAUAUAGCGCUAUUUCAGUCCAAAACCUCAAUAGCGCUUUACUGAAUUCAUAAGAAAGAACAGUCAUGAAUGAAGAAAAACAUAGCAUGAUAAUAAAAAGAAUACCUUACAAACAACAUUAAAGUUUCAACUUAAAGAUUCUAAACUACACUAAAAAGUAAAUCCCUAAAAAUUAAGCUGUCGUUCUGUUUCUUUCGUGUAUAUUCCUGUAAACAGAAAAAGACAACAACAACAACAACAACAACAUCUUUAUUUCUUACAUUAAAUAUACAAAUAACACACCACCUGCAAAUAGCAAGGCUAAUCGAGGCAGGUGGUGUGUAGACGGCUUAAGAUUUAUUACUGACCACCUUUUGCCAUUUUGGCCAAAUUUUCACAGAGCUACAAAAGUUGCGUCCGCACUGUACGCACACAUGCGCACGUGAAAGAGCGCCCAAGCAGAGGAGUACAUUCGGAUGAUCAAAGAACGUCUUCCUGCGGCUGUCCAGGAAUGUAUCCACGCCGCUACCGGGGAACAUGAGCCUGCAAUACAAAGAGGACUGCUGAGGGUGAGUAUAGUUUCGGAGGUAGUCCUGGUAACCACAUGAUACUUAUGUUCAGUUGCAACGUUUCGAUUUUUACCGACACCCGUCCCCAGGGGUUGGGGGAGUUGUUGACAAGUUUAAGGUUUCUUACACAGUGAUUGGUGCUCUGUAAACUGCCAGAUAAAUUUAGCAUUUUUUGAAAAAAUACAUUAUCUGUCUUCCGUUUCAAAAUCACCACCUCCUACUGAAAAAGUUUUAGUUAAUCUGCUGAAGUUCCUUCAAAUUCGCUUGGGCAUAAAUCGUUGAACGUGAUGCCGUGAAAAGAAAAUCUGUACUCAGUAUAUCUGGGUAAUUUGAAUUGAAAGCGAAAGAGCGCAAAUAGUUCGUCCACUAUGUUUCUAUUUGAGGAGUGUAGUAAGAGACAUAAAGGACUUCAUUAAUGCUUUCGACGAACGCGUUAUUCAGUGAUUUUUCAGUUAUACAGGAUGAAUUGAAAGUAUAGCAAAUCUCAGCGAGUGGUCAACAUUCGCCGAUAACACUGCUCUGUUACCAUCUACCAGCGAAGUUUGCAACGUCGCUUGGUCAGAGAUUUUAUGCGGGAAAUAGUUCUCGUGUAACAUGUCAUGUGUCCUCGUAGUAACCAAUAAGAGCGCUCCGGCGGUCGAUGUUGGGGAAAGUUCGACCUAUAGAAUAACCGUUUUUUUUUUACUGAUCUCCGCUGUAUUCCUUUUUUCUCUUUGCUAGGCUGCUUCCUUUGGUAAGAGUUUGCUAACUGAUAUGUCGCCACACGCGUUUGUUUCGAUGUGCCGGAAUCUUAGAGUUUUAAACGCCGUGUGGGACUACAUGGUUGGAAUUCCACUUACAUAUGGACAGUAUCCUUUAUCUUAAUUAGAGAGUGAACCAAAUUUUCAGUUGUUGCAAAAGCGUCGUCUCACAGGUUACAUUUUGCCUAAUUGCAGCGUGUGUUGCAGCAAGUCUACACUAUGCUAGCCUCCGUAGCAAAACGAAAAUUUUUUUUAUUUUUCGGGUUGAUUUGCAAUUGCUCAAAUUGCAAUUUCCGCUGGGAAGAUCAUAUCUUCAUUUAAACUUGCAUUUCCGCAGUUCACAUCAUCUUCAACUAAGUUAUCAUUGCUCUGAUCCCAACUUUUUCGACGAACUUGCGCGGAAACCUUUUCUACGCAGGCUAACACUUUGCCAGAUAGCUCUUACGUCGGCACGGAAACCAUACCGGAGAGUGUUUUUGUCCACACGAGAGAACGGUGAUUUCGGUGCGAUUUAUGUAACGGAGCAAAGCUGCGGGGUUUAAAUUACAUUUUUGUACAGGGAACGAACGAGAUAUGUUCCUUUUUCUCUUUUUUGAAACGGAUAUGUUAAAAGUACGUUAACACAGUUUUCAAUUUUGUGGCUCUUAUCAAGUUCUUAAAGUGGGCUCCAUUUUGCUUUUUUGUCCUCUGAGAGUACUCUUUGAUUAUUUUUCAAAAAUUAUCCAAUUUUGACGCCUUGACGAUCGUCCUAGACUGGAAAAACUAACAAUGAAAACCCUUAUCGACAGGUGAGUUUUGUUUUUGUCACCCUGUUUGUUGUCUUUUUAAAAAAGCUAAAACGUGCAAUGCUUAUGCAUUUUUUUUAGGGGGAGGGGGGCGGUAAACAAGGUGUAUUGCUACGUAGCUGGAAACUUUUUCAUAACAGUGCGCGCUCUCAUUGGUUUCUUCGAGGUCACAUGAUAUCUAACAAUGAAGCUUUUUCCCGCCAAAAUCUGUUAGCGGACAACAUUGCAAAAUCUAUGACGUCAUAGGGGAACAGUGCAUUGUUACCCGCGAAUGUUGACCGACGACUACCGUUACAGCGAGGGAAGCGAGGUUUAAUGAAUUUCCAGCUAUAUAGCCUCGGGAAACAUUGAGAUUCUCGGAAAACAAAUUUAACUGUUUCCCUCGAGACCAGUCAUUAAGUGUUUAAGUGUUUAUUGCAAUGUGAAACGUUCAAUAAGUUCCGAGCUUCAGGUGAGAAUCAAACUUACGACCUUUCGAGUUCGAGAUCAGACGAUCUACCCACUGAGCUGCUGGGGGCUCUAUAGUGAGCAGGGUCGAAAUUUAUUAAUAGUUCAUUAUUCACCAGACCUGACAAUUAGUAAAUAGUACGAAAUAGUACUUUUAAGAAAAAAUAACAGAAUGAAUAUGAUAUAUGUCCGAUAAUCUUUCUCUUUUGCCCGACUAAAAUGGUGACGUCGUUGGACAUAAAUCAUUUCCAAAUAUCAAAAUUAUUUGCAUUCCUACUGAAUAUAAAACAAGCUGAAGCAAAGUUGUUGUUUAUUGACUUGCCUACUUUCCGUGUAUAAACGGUGUUUACUAAAUUGAUUUUCCCGCCGUCAGAUCUGGAGAGGGAGUUCUUUGCCUUAAGUUCAUUUUACUACCGUUUAUUUUCUGCUCUUGUAGGCUUGUUUUGUGGCCUCACUACUGUCUGGCCAUAAGAAUCUGUGAUUACCUGAAGAUUCCUAAGGGGGAGGGUGCCAGUCGCAUCCUUGGACACUGGGCUUGUUAUAAAGUGAGUGUUGGCUGUUACCUAUAUGUUAGCAAUCAGCUUAUGGCUGGUAAUUUGAUAAAAUUGCAAUUGGUAAUGGUAAAUUAUGGUUGUGGCAGUAGACACAACUGGGGCUGGGUGUCCGGUGGUUGUUUCAUGUGCUGAAUUUGGCACAUUGCUCUUCGUGUUUGUGUAUUUAUCAAAGAUCACAAAAUCAACCUGUGAAAAGAUCUAGAUCAAUUAGACUGGAUUGUACGCGGUGAAGACAGCGUGGCCAGGCGCCCAUCGUGUUGUUUUCGCAAUCCGCCGGUCCCGGGUUGGAGUCCCACUCUAGCCACUUGCUGAAUUUAUUCACGAUCCGGUGUUUCCAAGUUCAGAUACCCGGUCAUGCUUGUAAAUAGCCAACUGGUUGCCUCCUGCCAGUUGGGGUUUUUAAUCCUGUUGUGUUUUAUUUCGUCAAAAAGUAAACAGCUGAACUUUCUCAUAGCUGGGAUGAUCACAUUGAAAUUAACUUCUCCGCCCUAGUAGAAUACAAUAGUGUCCGUAAAUAGUUUUUCUUGUGUUGAAUAUAUUGACAUCUCUUUCGUUCCUUCACUUCUUCAAAACUUGCUUUUCUUGUUUAAACAGGUUCAGCAAGCCAAUGUUGAUGACGAAGAGAUUGCUCGUGCCAUCAACUCCAAGCUUGGAGAGACUCCUGGGAUAUCUUACUCAGAAAUAGCUUCAAAGGCAGUGGACUGUGGACGAACUCACCUGGCCAUCAAGGUUAGUUGAGAGCAUUCACAUGUGAACAGUUUUAUUAUAGAUUACGUUCCAAGUACAAUUUGAGGCAUAAAGCGGUGUCUUCCGUCAGUAUUUGCUUGCUAAAUGCACUGAGGCUUAAAAUAACGUGGGUUGGUAUUGAAUGGGAUUUUUUUACCUGCGAGAUUGCUUUUACUGUAGGUAAUCAAGAAUUUUAUUUCAGUAUUCGGAGUAUGAGGAACGCGCUUUGUAAUAGGUUCGGCGGUCCGAACUUUCACCAUUGUUCUGUCCAGGGGUUACCAACAUGCUCGUCUCAUAGGACGUCAACAAAACCUGGAACGGACCGGGUCAGAUCAAUCCCUGUAACUCACUGAAUAACGAAAGGUAAGGGAUAGUGCCUCUGGGAAUGAUCUGAUCCGNUUGGUAUUGAAUGGGAUUUUUUUACCUGCGAGAUUGCUUUUACUGUAGGUAAUCAAGAAUUUUAUUUCAGUAUUCGGAGUAUGAGGAACGCGCUUUGUAAUAGGUUCGGCGGUCCGAACUUUCACCAUUGUUCUGUCCAGGGGUUACCAACAUGCUCGUCUCAUAGGACGUCAACAAAACCUGGAACGGACCGGGUCAGAUCAAUCCCUGUAACUCACUGAAUAACGAAAGGUAAGGGAUAGUGCCUCUGGGAAUGAUCUGAUCCGGUUCUGCGGUCCAGGUUUUGCCUACGGCCUUUCUCGUGGCUUCGCCGCUUGUGCCUCCACGAGGAGACCUGCUUACAGCCUUGCUUAAAGCCAGCCUUGACGUCUAGCUGGAGCAAUCUCACCAUAGUAAGUUCGUCGUUUGACAAUCGGUAAACUAGCCUAUCACAGUCAUGCCAUGAUAGCCUGUUCACAGACCCUCUAUUUUCUCUUCAAAGUCCGUCGAGCGCGGGUGAUAAAAUAUAUACCGCAGGGGAUUAUAUUGGAAAAGAACGAAAAGAAAAUUAAAACAACGUCUGUGUACAGGCUAUGCCAUGAUACAUAAUGUAUCUUUCAAGAUACUCCCAUCUUCGUGGUCUGAUUUUUUACCUGUAGCUGUUGGACUAUGAAGUAAAAGCCGCUGACCAAGUUCCACUGCUCAUGUACAUGAAUAAAGAUGACCUGGCGCUCGAGAAGGCCAUUAUGAGUGGAGACACGGAUCUGGGUGAGUUAUAAGUGGGUACCACUGUGGAGAACUACAGCUAACUUUAACUAUAGUGGAUGGGAACAGUUUUUGAAGCCCGUUUUUGUUUCGUCGUAGUCGCAAGAGCCGACUUAGAGAAAGAUCUAUCGUAAUGUUGAAAUUGUACCAAAGGUUCCAAAAAUUUAGAAUAAACGUUUUCUCAGCUUAAAAGUUGGCGUUACACAAGCGGCGUUACAAGCUGAGACAGAGGUUCAAACCUUAAAACAUUUUUGGGAUUGUUUUGUUGCUCAUUAUUUGGAUCUUUCCUCGCCGUUGACACAAUUUCAAGUAUAUUUCAACCAUCUUGAUCCUUGAUCCUCCAUUGGUACCAGCUUUCUCUGGUCAGGUGAUCAAAAUUGAUGGAUCCGAACCGCCGUCAUCCAAAACCCGCCUACUUGAUUUUCCCCUGUAUCUAGAUGACAUUUCAUUUGUGUUGUCUUUUUUUUAUUUCUAGUGUAUAUGGUUGUUAUGCAUUUGAAGGAUAAUCUAACUCUUGGCGAGUUCUUGAUGGCCAUACGUUACCGUCCUGUGGCACUCAGCCUCUACAUCAAGGUGAGUCUAUGA